AAAUAACAGCGGCCUUAAGCUGUAAUGCAUACACUAACGUGGGAUGGUGCUUGCCUAACAACCGUUGCUACCGUACGCCGGUCCACACGCACGUAAGCCAGCGCACCCCUCGCCCGCGCGCUCUCUCGCCGGAGUGGGAGUUGUCCUGGCGCUUGCGACCACCGCUAUCAUCUUUGGGAAAUACCUGCAGGAACGCCCAUUAGCGCCCUUUCGCCGCAUCGGACACGCAAACGAACGAGUGCUUAAUCGACACGCUCAACUCGCGGCGCAUUUCGACGCCGGAUUACUCCAUGGUGGGAUUCGGCAAAGCGCGUUUCCACUGGCUCCACUGAGUGGCGGCGACGGCGUCUUUUGUCCCUUCACUGCAACACGAUCCCUGCUGCACGCGGCGUGCGACUAGUUCGAAGGAUAAGCGGAUAAAUCAUGGGCAACAUACAGACUGUUGGCCCCAACGAGGCCCUCAUAGUGUCCGGUGGAUGCUGUGGGAAUGCUGGCAAAAAGAUGGUCGUUGGUGGCUGGGCUUGGGCAUGGUGGCUGGUCACUGACGUACAAAGGUUGUCGCUACAAGUGAUGACACUGACACCCCGUUGUGAACAUGUGGAGACAUCGCAAGGUGUGCCCCUCACUGUGACUGGAGUGGCACAGUGCAAGGUGAUGACGGAGAAAGAGUUCCUCUCAACAGCUGCCGAGCAGUUUCUGGGCAAGGACGUUGACCACAUCAAGUCAGUUAUCCUGCAGACGCUUGAAGGUCAUCUGCGUGCAAUCUUGGGCACACUCACAGUGGAAGAGGUGUACCGGGACAGGGACCAGUUCGCCUCGCUUGUUCGGGAGGUUGCUGCACCAGACAUUGGCCGCAUGGGCAUCGAGAUUCUCAGCUUCACCAUCAAGGAUGUCUUCGACCGGGUCGAGUACCUCACCUCGCUGGGACGUGCCCGCACUGCGGCCGUCAAGCGAGACGCCGACAUCGGCGUGGCCCAGGCUGAGCGGGACGCUGGCAUUAGGGAGGCGGAAUGUGAGAAGUCUGCCAUGGAUGUGAAGUAUGGGGCCAACACCAAAAUUGAGGACUCCAACCGGAUGUACUCACUGCAGAAGGCCAAUUUUGACGGUGAAGUCAAUGCACGGAAAGCAGAGGCGCAGUUAGCAUAUGAGCUCCAGGCAGCCAAGAUGAAGCAGAAGAUUCGUAACGAGGAAAUCGAGAUCGACGUUGUGGAGCGGCGCAAGCAAAUCACUAUUGAGGAGAAAGAGAUAUUGCGUCGAGAAAAGGAGCUCACUGCCACUAUCCGGUUGCCUGCCGAGGCUGAAGCCUAUCGUAUGGAAAUGAUAGCCCAAGGAAAGAGAACACAGACAGUCGAUGUGGCUCGUGCCGACGCAGAGCGGAUCAAGAUGAUUGGUGCCGCGGAAGGGUACGCCAUUGAAGCCGUGGGAAAGGCUGACGCCGAGCGGAUGCGUAUGAAGGCUGCUGCAUACAAGCAGUUUGGAGAUGCUGCCAUCCUGAGUCUUGUGCUGGACACCUUACCAAAGCUUGCAGCAGAAGUGGCAGCACCACUGGCGAAGACUGAGGAGAUUGUGAUGACCAGUGGAGAAGACCGCACCACUGCCGAGGUGACCAAGCUGGUCAGCCAGAUACCUCCCACCGUCCAAGCCCUUACGGGCAUAGACCUCACCAAGAUGAUGUCUAAGAUCCCUGGAGUGGCGAAAUAACCUCUCGGGGGCGCAAAAAGAGGCAAGGAAGGAACAUAGGGUGCCGGAACACACGGAAGCUUGGGGGUUCCUGCUGUAGCAUCAUCUGUCACAGUGUGUUUGUGCGUGAGCGUGUGUGUAUGUGCAUGUGUGCACACGUGUGCUUGCAGUGUCGCUUCAUUAGCUUUGCCCCCUCUUUGAGGGUGACCCAGCUAGUCAGGCUCCCCCCCACGGUCAGCUUACUAUAAAUCAGAGGGAGCCAAGGCGGGGGGAAGGCUAGGUGCGCAUAAUAUACACUUCUAUUUUGGACAGUGAAAAGGGAGAGUGUGAAGAAAGAAAAAUGACAUGGUGCGCCCCCUGCAGGCAAGUUGUCUGAAACUGCAGCGAACCAGAGAAAAAAAAACCGUCUAGUGCCUCCGAACUUUUUGAUUGGAAGAAAUCUUUGCCCAAUCUUGUGCGUGGCUGCAGCACACGCACAUAAUGUGUCCGAGCAGAUGCAGAAUGUCAUCAGAGACAGUGUUUCCUUUUGUUCUCUAUUUCGAAGCUUUAAGUUUUUUAUUUUUCACCUUUGUCACUUUCUUUCGAAAAUGGCAUUCACGACUCUGUGUUUUAGGAUGUUCUCAACUUUCCAUCUUUGUUUUACUAACUCUACUGUGCGGUUGUACAUGCUUAUUGGAGAACAGCCACGAGCUGUCUAUGCAAGUCUGCGCGAUGUUCUUUUCGAUAGGCCACACAUUCAAGAAAGGGUCACGUUUACGUUUUAACACCCCGUGUGACACUGUUGAUUCCAAGCAUGCAGUCUUCAUGUAACAUAAGCCGCAGUUUUGUCAUUGAGAAGUGUUGCAUCUGCCUGCUUUCGGUCGUGCCAGUAAUUCGCAUUGGUACGUGCUCAUGUGCAAAAGAAAGUGGCAAAUUGAAACACGCUGUGUGAUGUACUGCAGCGACGCACACCCUUGUAGCGCUAGACGUUUCUUUCAUAGCUGUGUCGUCUACGAACUGUAUGCAAUCAUUAGAACAAAGAUGUUCCUUUCAAGAUAAUGACGCGAGGUUGUUGCAGCGGCUUUCACGCUAAUGGUAGUCGAGACUGACAAUGAGCGUUUUCAUCGAAAGCAUAGUCAUUAUUCUGAUACAGGCAGUUGAGUUAACACACCAGCAAAUGUCAACUAGCAAAGAUCACAUUACCUGGAUCGAUUAGCGACAAGCUGUAUUUUUAAGGCAAGUGUUGACAAUUCGUCUAUGUAAAAUGAUUUCCCACUCCAAUGCUUUUACUUAAAUACAGGAAAUGGCGUGCGAGUAAUAUGUGAGUAAUUUUACUUGUACUUUUUCGUUCAUUGCAAGGAUACCUGAGUAACUGAAAUGCAAUACUCUCGAGAGCAGCACAAUGUCAAGAGUCAUUUGUUAGUGCUAACGAGAGCAUUGUCACAGCUUUUAUUGGGGAUAGCAACUCUUUUUAAGCCAUAAAGACAAUUGUCACAACAGAGUCGAAGCUUUUAAUGCUAGCUUUGCAUUAUUCUUUUGAAACCAAUAUAUUUGUAGAUACAAUCUGUAUUCUUAUUUGUAUCUCGACAUGUGUGUUCUCAUUUUAGAAAUCUCUCAUCACUCUAUUGCUUGUGGAUAGCAGUUCAGUGAUCCGCUUUUGUAACUUUGUGUUCUACAUUUUAAGUUGCUGAAAUUGUGGGAGUCUUUUUCUGACAUUUAAGGCACUGUAUAGAUAGCUAGCUAGCUGUGCUGUUUUUCGCACAUUCUUCACGUGUUUUACAGUACGCAAUGUUUUUGUUACGUUUUGUACAACGACUUUAGAAGCAUCUUUCUUGUGUUCAGCUGUGUACAGUAUUGUUCUUUAUAAAUGCUGUCACACUUCUGUGUUUUUGCCUUCGUACCUUGAUCUUGUUCCUGGUGACAUCGUUUAGGAGAAAAUUCCUAUUUACACAACCUAUUUUUGUUGCUUUUCUUUUUUUACCUCGGCAGUUCAAAGUGUUUGUACUUUUACUCGUUUGUUUUUGCAUUAAUUCUGAGCAUUUUAUUCAUUUGCCAGGGACAGCAGGAAAUGUAAUAAAAGUAUACUAUAAAUACAAAAUAUUUGCGAUGAACAUUUUUUGAAACCUUGAGGCAUGGUGAACGUGGAUGAAAAGCAUUGGCGCCACGGAAUUGACUUGGUACUAUGGUGGACAGUGUCUUUUGUGUCUGUACUUAGAAUACUCUUGGUAUCAUUUGGAAGUUAUCGAAGAAACACUAAGGAAAUAUGUUACAACUAGUUAGAUAUGUAGAUCGCACUUGUAAAACUAAAGUUUGGUCAGUAUGACUGAGUGGUGGUUUGGCAAACUUGAAAGAAUGCAUUAAUGAAUGAUGGGGCACUGCUGCUUCAAAAUUUAAAACAAAAAUCGUUCUGCAGUAGCUUUUCAUAAUUUCAGAUUUUGUCAGUUUUUAUUGCUGCUAGUCGCUUAUCAGUAAAAAUAGGCAUUACACUGUAUUCAAAAGUAAGUAAAAGAGCAAUCUAACAACUUGUGCAUAUUCAUCCUCUACUUGAAGGAGCCGCACAAGUGAAAAUAUACUCCUGCAUAAUUUGCGUUGCAGAGACAUCAUAGAUGCCAUGGUAUAGCUUAAAAAAUUUAAAUGGGAGUUGGCCUUUACAGCUCCUCACAAAGAUUAACAUAUUACACUGCCAAAGAAGUUAAAUAGUUAGUUUUAAAGAAAUCUAUUAGUAUAAAGCUGACAUUUUUCCUUAGUGCCUCUUAAAAUGUGAAAAUGAAUGCUUCUAUGGCCACUUCAGAGCGUCUGUGCUAUUGCAGUACUUUUAAUGGUUCAAUUUCUCUGUCAAGCGGAUGUGGUUCAAUUUCUAUUGUAAUAUGAGCUUUCACAAAAUUUGGGAAAAACACUAACUGUGGUGAACUGACUUCACACCUAAACCACCAGAUCCUGGGCUGCUGUAUAGAAAAGCAAACUAGUUCUGUCGGGCUGGCUCAAUUGAUCUGUGAAUUGUGCAGCAAGACAAUAGUAUUACAAGUACUGUUCUGUAUGAAGAUUUGCCCAAAAUAUUGGAGCUCAAAGCGAUCAGGUUCAAGCGUACUUGAUUCGCAGCCUGGAAAGACAUGGCAAGUAAUGAACAUUACAGCCGAGGUCAACCAUUCAGGUCGGAGACAUUCAAGAAACUGUCCCGCUCCUUCACUGCCAGUCAUUAGUUUGAUCCAGUCAUUAGCUGGAGUUCCCGUCAUGAAUGAGUCUUGUGCCAAGUAAGAGGAAGAAAUUUCUGCUAGUCUAUUCAUGUUCGUGGGUUUUGUUAUCAAGCGGUGCUCUGGUAACUGCAAUUAAAUGUCUUCAUCACUAGCGUUGCCACUGCCACAUAGAUGUGGAGGACUUGUGCACUGUUUUACAGUCAGUCUGCAAAUUUGGCGAGUGUUAUCACUAUUCUCGCUGAUCAGAUCAAAUUGUCCAAAGUUGUACAGCCAAUGCUACUAAUUUGGAACAUGGAAUACAUGUAUUUUGCAAACAUUGUUUAAAAAAUGCGAUUCAUAGUAGUAUUGUAGCCGAGAGCUCUUUACUGUAACAGUGGAGAAGGCAUCUUCUGCGGUGGUGGCUUGUAUUGGGCCGAGAGAUUUCUUUGUGGGGUGGUCUCUAAGCAGGCAGUCAUCAUUGUCGAUAUUCCUUUGUCAUAUGAAGCUUAGCCGCUGUGUUGGCAAAGAAAGCAUUUGAAGAGCCAUGGGAAAAGUUUGCACAUUUAAACUUCGUAAUUGCAAAGGGAUGUCAGAGUAUUUGACUUGUUAGGCAGGCUGAAAUGUUUCUUCUACUGUUCGGGGACUGCUUUUGACAAAUGUAGAUUGCAAUGCUUAAGCAUGCUUUUUCAUUAUAUACUUGUAUGCAAAGUAUAGUACAGAUUCUUGCUCUUGAGUUGUCUUUGAUCCUCGCUGAAAUUUAGUAGGGGGAAAGAAAAGCUACCCCAAGUGACCUUGUAACAAUGGUAAAUGUCGUCCUUGAAAUUUGACGUAAUUGCACAGAAUAAGUUUUUUUUAAUUACCAGCUCCAGAAUAGCACUGUGUGUUAUAUUUGUUAUUAUUAUUAAAAUCAUGUAAACAUAUAUCAAAACCACAGAGAAAAAGAAGCAGGCUAGCAAUUGUCUUGUGAAAGGGACGCCAUGCACGCCCACUUAAAGAGGAGAGAGAAAAAGGGAAGGGAGAAGAGGAAGAAUAUAAAUUGCUUCAAAGUGUAAGGUAUUUUUUCUCGCCAUUUCGCACUUAAAAAAUUCAGCAAACUUGGUAGUCGUGCAACUAAGCUUUGCGAGAAAAUCAACGUAUCGAUGACAGUAGGUGUGAGGGUGAAACUGAAGAGGCAUGCUGAUAUCGGUAUAGAGGUGUUCAAAUACAGUAAGUGGGUAUUUUGGGGCUUUAAUUCCAGUUGACCAAUCCACCAUAGCAAUGUGCAGCAUUCAGCAUUGCAGUGUCACGGCCAACGGAUAAAAAGAAAAGGUGCGGCCAGCCACGUGCAUCGAUAACGUUGUGAUCCACCGCCGCGCCACCAGUUGGGGACUGUUUGGGAUCGGCAUAGAAAAUGCUUCAAGAACACGCUCGGAAUGCCAGCGCGUGUGGAAGCCGACGCGCCCCACCCGCGUCAGCUAGCACCGUUUGGCCCAGCCAAGCGGCCGAGAAUGCAACUACGGCUCUCCCGUUCACUCCCAUUGCAGCCCGCCUGACGCGGCAGGCCGCACCUUUUUUUUUUUUUUUUAUCCAGUGGCUGUGGCAGUGCAAAUGCAGAUUUCCAAGGGACACAUCUGGCCCUUUCAUGUAUCGCAUGAAGCCUGCAUGCACAUAUGGCUGCAUUAUGCACCGUUAGUUUGCAUUAAAAUACUAAUACCGUUUCUUGGUCAAGUUUUCAGUCACCAAAAAGCUUCCUGCAUUAUAUUCAUGAAACUAUGGCACAAUUGUAACAAUCAUCUAGCAAGGGUCAUGCUUUGCCCAAUUGCCCAGUUGUUGCUGGAUUAGUCUGCCAAUGUGCUAAUCGCCGCUUUAUUUGAAUCUUUAGCAUGGCAAUCUGUGAGAAAGCACUUGUGAUAAAUUAGUGCGCUAUCGUGUGAAGAAAGUGCUCAGGUUUGUUUAUUUCUCCUACAGUCGUGGUGCCUUUGUGCCAUAGGCAAAAAAAAAAGAAAAAGAAUGCGCCUUCUCAGUUUUGCUAGAUCAGGCAUUGCUGCCCACUGCGAUGGAGUUUGUGAAGGACUUGUGUGCUUCUGCGAUUUGUGGACGCCUGGAAAUGCCUUGCAUUAGUGUGACAUUGGAGGUUUUCGAACUGGUAGUUGAGUACUAUAGAGGCAAUGGCUUGAUUCACUUUUAUGCAUGAAAUCGUAAACCUCAAGCGUUCAUGUACUGUACAUUAUGUCGGUGGGUGAUAGUGCCUGGUAUUAUUAGCUCUUCUAGCUAAGCUAUGGGCUUUUUCGUGCUCAUAUUUCGCACACAAUUUUAAUUGCAAGGUUGGCUUUGUAUAACGUAGUACUCGGAUUUGUUUGCUCGGAUGCAUUACUUGCCUGUCUCAGGGUUAGAUUAGAAGUACAUGUCUGUUUGAUGGGAUGGAGGUACCAUGUGGCUCAGGAGGGCAAAACACUAGCCACAGAGGCAACUCGAUACACACAGCUAAUGCGGCGGCCGUAUUUUGAUGCCGUGCUUGCAUUGUAGUGCACGUUAAAAAACCCCAGUUGGUCAAAAUAAAUCCGGAGCCCUCCACUACUCCACUCAUUCAGUCGCACUGCAUCCAAGCACGACGAUACCGAACAAAACUAGUCACGAGUUCAGCCUGAAGAGCCAUUAAUACGGGCUGCCUUAUCGACGCGGCGCUUCAUGUUGAGACAUUUUCCCAAAGCGGCACACAUAUUGCAUAGAAUUUGGUUUGAAGUGUUAGAGAGAGACAGAAGGGGUGCACUGACUGACCAUCGUGUGUGAAAUAAUUUCGUGUAAGUAAACACAGGCAUGGGGUCGGGUACUUUUUGAAUGUUUGUACCAUAACGAAGUGGGCUUAUUAUGUGUGUUAACACCUAAAUGAGCAAGACACUGCACUCAUAAUUCUCUCGAGCAGCCUCAGCCGUAGAGCACCUUGUUAUAUGGUGUAGCAUGAUGAGCAUGCUCUCAUCAACGCACAAUAAUUAUGUAAUGUUUCAAAGGCAGAGUUCAAAGGCAGAGUUUGUAAAGAGCCGUUCAAGGUUGUCCAGGAGUUUUUCCUUAGAAGGUUACACGAAUAGAAGCACUGCAAGGAAAUUUUUGGAUGUUGUAAAAUUAUCCUGCAUUUAUGAGCUUGUGAUUAUGAUGCCGCUAGCGGUGUGCUGUCAGGUUUCUAACGAAAGACAGUGUCAUACAGCUGACUUGCUAAGUGGAUUGUGCUUGACAAGGCUACCAUGGACAUGAGUGUGUGUGCAUGGUUUCGGGCGUCGAAGGGCAGGAGGCAAUAAGCAAACCACAGGCAUGUUCACAUUACCACAACAUGUCGAGCUGUGACAGCUACCUGGUUUCUUUUACACCGCAGGAACCUGAAUGUUGCCAAAACGGUGGCAGCAGUGCCAAAACAUAGAUGGGGCAACCUUGGAAAAAAUUGACUUAAUUCUAUAGCUGUAGCAGAUUUUGCUUUCAAUCUAAAAAGUCCUGGUCAACCUUGAACAACUUUUAUGAGUCGACAUCUGUCGAGAGAUUUACUGCCACCCCUGACAUUUUUUAGUGGAGUUCUUUGUAAAACAAAUCGUACUGAAAAAUCCAAGGUAUGCUGCUCUAAAUCUGAACCUGUCUUCAAGAAGCUUGGUUUUAUUAUUUUUAUUUUUUUGUCAAGCGGCAACGUGUGGUUGUUCAGUCUAGCUGGUGGAUAUUUUUGAUUCAAUGUACUUUCAGUGAAAUGCACAGCUCUUCCCAAUUUUGUGUAUUGAUAACAGUGCUACGAGUUAUCUGUGCUGGUUAUGUGAAAGAUUUGGUGUACUUGAGUACAAAAUCUGAUAAAGCCAUACUGAAUGCAGCCAUCAAACCAAAAAUAUGUUCCUUGACUGUUGCAAUGUUUAUAUUAGUAUGUCAACCAGAUAUUGGUAAGCUAUUCUUGUGACUAUGCCACACUUUACUGCCAGAUAGUUCUAAUCAUCAAAAACAUGCUUUUGCCCGGAAAUGUAUUAUAUUAAGGGACAGCAAGCAAUGGUUUAGAUACGGAAGAUCUGAUUGCUCUUUUUUUAGUGUCUGUACCACUUUUUUGAAAUGAGUUCAGUGGGCAAGAGCUAGUUGCUUGACUCAAAAAUUGAAGUGCUGUAACUUUUGUAGCUGCCUAGAUUUUCUUUCAACAUUUUACUCCUCUGAUUUGCUAGAUGUAAUGACAAAACCAACGACAUUUCCACAGUAUCUGCACACACCUUCUGCACAUGCCUCCUUUAAAGGCUCCUGCACAGUGCUGUUCAACGUGCUCGCAUCAAAGUGAAGCUUUGAGAUUUAGGACGCGGGAAAAUGUGUACAUGAGCUCUGCUGCAUCGCAACUAUCGCCAGUGUGAACGGACAAUAAACUACAUUUUUGCAGCUUUC